GGGCGGUACGCACCCUAGGGAAAACCAAUGAAAAAAUCAGGCCUGCCCGAGGGGGCGGUGCCGACGGUCACAUGCGCACCUGCGGCGGGUGGUGGCGGCGCGGGCACCGCGGGCCGGCGACUACGAGCGGGGCUGGGCUGGGGCGGGGUUAGGCAGGUGAGUGACAGGCUCCGAGGGGCUGGCCCCAGCUGGUAGUCUUGAGCUAGCCGGGUGUAGCUGUGGCGGUGCCCGCCCCCUCUCUCCGCCCCUUCAGUGGAGCUGCUUUCUGGCCGGGCACUGUCGCGGGCCCCCCUGGCCCGGCCACCUGGGACUGUGUUGGGGAGUCGGCCACCUCCCUCUCUCCCCUCACCCGCAACCGCAAAGUUUGUGGCGAAGCCGGCGCUGGGGUAGAGCGAGCCCCCGGGGGAGAUCGGGGAGCAAUCGAUGAGGGGCGGCAGGAGCCGUUGACCCCGGACGCCGCCGUCCGGGGUAGGAGCGCGGAGCAGUUGACCAGCUCGCCGCCUCUGGUGCAUGGGGGCCGGCUGAGGAGCCAGCAUGGGCAACUGCGUGGGGAGACAGCGCCGGGAGAGGCCGGUCGCCCCGGGACACCCCCGCAAGCGAGCAGGGCGCAAUGAGCCCCUGAAGAAGGAGCGGCUGAAGUGGAAGAGCGACUACCCCAUGACGGAUGGGCAGCUGCGGAGCAAGCGGGAUGAGUUCUGGGACACAGCACCUGCCUUCGAGGGCCGCAAGGAGAUCUGGGAUGCCCUCAAGGCCGCUGCCUAUGCAGCUGAGGCCAACGACCAUGAGCUGGCACAGGCCAUCCUGGAUGGAGCCAGCAUCACCCUGCCACAUGGCACCCUCUGUGAAUGCUACGAUGAGCUGGGCAAUCGCUACCAGCUGCCCAUCUACUGCCUGUCACCGCCCGUGAACCUGCUGCUGGAGCACACCGAGGAGGAGAGCGUGGAGCCCCCAGAGCCCACGCCCACCGUGCGCCGGGAGUUCCCGCUGAAGGUGCGCCUCUCCACAGGCAAGGACGUGAGGCUCAGCGCCAGCCUGCCCGACACGGUGGGGCAGCUCAAGAGGCAGCUGCACGCCCAGGAGGGCAUUGAACCAUCCUGGCAGCGAUGGUUCUUCUCUGGGAAGCUGCUCACAGACCGCACACGGCUCCAGGAGACCAAGAUCCAGAAAGAUUUUGUCAUCCAAGUCAUCAUCAACCAGCCCCCACCGCCCCAGGACUGAGGAGCCCACAGACCCCUGGGAAGAGAGACCAGGGAGGGCCUCUGCAAGGCUGAGAGGCCCCCAGGCUGGAGCACCAGGCCCCCCACCCUUCUGCUGCCUUUGAGUGCUGAUAUUUUCUUCAGGGGCACCUCCCCGCCAUACGGCUGCUGGGCGAGCCACCAAAGGACCGUGCCUCCCAGGGACACCGUGCGCCACUGUGCCCAGCACCCAGGAAGCAGUGCUGCCACACAGGCCUUGCCAACCUUGUCAGAGAAAAGGAAAACUGGGGCCUUCACCCUGCCUCUCACCCACAGCAGGUUUGAGCCGUGAGGGCCAGCCUGGAGGUCCCUGAGGCCCAGAUCUGUCUGGUGCUGCCAGCUGUGCUCACUCCGGUUUUCUGCUCAGGGUCUGAAGCAGCUGCUGUCUCCCUCCCCUGCCCUCACCUCCUGAGUCUGCCCUUGGCACAGUGCCAGUCCCCUAGAGGGGAGGGGACCGCUUGUGAGCCCCAAAGGCAGGGUGCCGGAGGCCAGCUUCUGUCUCUCCUGCCCCCAGCACAAUUGGCAGAGAUGAGGCGAGUGGCUGGACAGCUGGGCUGCUGUGCCAGGGGUCUGCACAGGGCCAUCCCCUGGCUGUAGUCCCAGUGGUGGGGGGUCUGCAGCCAGUCAUGGCCCCACAGCAGGUCCCUGUAUACAGACAUAUCCGCAUAUUUAUCAAUAAAGCCUUUUGCUCCA